AUGCUGACUUACGCCGUUGUAGCGGGCGUUCUGUCCCAAUUCCUCCUGGCCUCCGCAUCGGGCCUGUCGCCAGUCGACACCUUCUAUCCCGCUGGCCUCAACGACACCUCGUACAUCAGCAACAGCGCGCUUGGCACGUACGGAGGCACUUACAGGGCGCCGGCCAACGAGGCUUCGCAGGGCUCUCCAUAUGGCAUCUACGACUACUGCUCGAUGCCGCAUCCGCGCGUGAGCGAGUAUGAGAUGCCCAAGGACCGUAACGCCAAGCUGGUCUAUCUCGAGUAUAUGCAGAGACACCAGAGGCGUACCAUGUACAAUCUGGCCCCUGGUGGAGAGAACCAACCAUUUGAUUGCUCAAGCUUUGAAGCAUUCUCAUACGGCAGUCAAGCACACGGCACCAGUGGUCUCCAGGUCUACGCCAGCGUCUACACAGACCCGAACAACCCGUUUGUCGAUGCUCUGCCAUACGUCAACUCGACAUGCUUCUUCCCUCAGUUGACCACUGGCGGCCUCCUCGACGGCGUCCAACACGGCAAGGAUCUCUGGGCUCUGUACGGCGAGAAGCUGGGCCUCAUCCCGAAAGCACCCAGCGACAAGGUCUGGCUGCGAUCCAGCUCGGCAACCCUCACCCAGCAGAGCGCUGGAGGAGUUCUGCGCGGUCUCUGGCCUCAUCACUCGGGCUCUGUGCCUCUUCACCAGCAGCCCGGGCCUGACACGGUCAACGGCGGGAUCCCCUGCAAUGCGAAAGGCGCUACGCUGUCAUGUAUCCAGUCCACGCCUGAAUGGAACCAGCAUCUCAGCGUCACGACUGAGCUUCGACAGUCGCUGGGGGAGAUUCUCGGUGCCACGAGCAGUGCGUGGCAGGAUACCUUUGACCACUUUUCCGACAAUUUCCAGGCACGGCUGUGCAAUGGCUACAAGCUUCCUUGCAGCUUCACUGAUCCCUCCAAAUGCGUUUCCGAGAGCCAAGCGGAGGAAGUCUUCCGCGCAGGAGACUGGGAGUGGAACUAUUACUGGCGCAACAACCCGCAGGCUGUCAAGUACAUCCAGGCCACUGAAGGACUCUUCAUCGGUGAGGUUGUUCGGCGCCUGGAAGCCGUCCUGAACAACAAACAAAAGUACGUUUAUUCGCACACCUUCUUCCACGACGGCGAUAUUGGUCCCAUCUUGGGCGCCCUGGGAAUCGACCAGCUGCGAUGGCCUGCCAUGGGGUCCAAUGUUGCCAUUGAGGUCUGGGAGACGACAGCCAAGCAGAAGAAGGAAUACUAUGCCCGCGUGCUAUACUCGGGGCACAUGCUGCGCAGCAUUCACGGCACCUUGGACUGGAUUCCGCUGAGCCAGUUGAUGGACAUUCUGAAGGUGUAUGUGCCACAAGACAUUAUCGCUUUGUGCAACUCGUAG